AAUAAUCUGGACAAAUCUCUACUUCUUUUCAAACGUUGACCAUAUUUCUGACAUUUUAAGAAUCCAAUUCCUUCCUCCUAUAAUAUUCAGUCCCUUUUUAUUUGUUUGUAUUACCAAUUUUUCGCGAAGUCCUAAACCAUUUUUUGACAGUUGUUCAGUGUUUCACCGUAAAUUCUAACCUAAAAUAAUGUUUGACAUUCGUUAUAUUGGGAAGUGACCGCAUUUUGAUUCUUGAAAAUAUUAAAACCUAUAUGUAUGGCCAAUUUAAUAGAGCGCAAAGAGAGACAAAUUGUUGAACGAAACAAUGAUGACCUCCUGGAUGUUAAAACAUCCUAAACUUCGUCCUGAUAGAUUGAGAAGGGGUAAAUCCAAAGAUCUAGGUGAAGCUAUCGAUAUCACAUUAGAACCUGAACAUGUUAUGAAAAAAUUAAUAAGUGGCAUUUGUGAUGAGGAAAAGGAAGAUAAAUUGAAAUUUUUAAAGGCUUUUGUUGAUUUCUCAAAAAAAAUCAAUGGAGAUUUCGGAAGUAUUGGAUAUCAUGUCAGAGAAGUCCUCAUUUGUCUGAGAGUUUCAUUAGUUCAUGCUAUACCCCAUAUUCGUGCUGCAGGCUUAAAAGCUAUAAGGCACACCAUUUCAAAUGAAAAUGAUAUUGUAAUAUUCAAUAAUUUAUCUAUACCCUAUUUGGCUGCAAGAUGCCUGGAUUUGUCACUAAAGAAUGAUGCUGAGAGAUUGGAAGCCAUGAAACUAAUGCGAAAAGUCCUUCUGAUAUCACCAUCAAAUUUUCAUGAAUGUUUAGUUAGGUGUCUAAUUUCUUUAGCUAAUAGUGGCAUUGAAGAGAAAGAUAGAAUGCUAAGGAUAUGUCUUGCUACAUUAUGUGAAAUAAGUAUAUUAAAUAGCCAAAAAUUCAUUGAAACAGGCGGAGUUGCUGCUAUAACAAGAAAUUUACUGGAAAGUCAAAUUCCAAAAAUUUCAGAAUCCUUAUGUGGUAUACUUCUGUACUUAUUGGAUAAACCAUGUACAAGGGAAAUAGCUGAUGUUGACUUAGACUCUGUCGCUACACCUUACUGUGAUUUUCAUUAUAAACAUGAUUGGAAAGAUAAAAAUCGAGAUGAAAGAGAUUUAAGAUUCAACUGCAGCCGAUUAGCUAUGCUCACAAUUCUCAGAAGUUGGUCUGGUAUUUUACAGUUUUGCAAUCCAAGCAACAAAUCUGGUUUAAUAGCCAUUAUAGGUAUUCUACAUCUCAAUCAGUUAGAAGUUAGGAAAGCUAUUUUGGAUCUUUUAUAUGAACUAUUAGGUCUUCCACAACCUGAAUGGACAGAUGAACUGUCUGUUGCUUUAAGUGCAGUAGAUCCUAGUGAGCCUCAGAUAUCAUGGAGGUUAAACGAAGGCUUUGUGGUUGCAGAAGGUCAAUCAGUAUUACCUCACCUUGCAAAAUAUACUCCAAGAAUAACUGACAUGCAUUUGGCUGCCCUUUUAUACUGCUUUCAAAAUAAUGGUCUCAUUGAAGCUCUUGUUGAAGUUAUUGCUACAAGUGAUACCUUUAUAAGCGUGAGAGCUACUGUAUUACUAGGAGAACUGUUACGUCUUAUUCAACUUCUACUGCCAUCAGAAUGCUGUACUUCUGCAUCUGCCCUGCCAACACUCUUAGAAUAUGCAACAAAAAACAGUCCUCAAGCAAUUGGGGCCAUAACUGCCUUAGUUCAAUUCCAUAAGUUAUUAAAGAAAAGACCAGUUUCACAUAGUUUAUAUUUAGAUUUUAUAUUGAGAAGUGGAAGUUGUCUUAAAGGUACUACUAAAUUCAACAAAUUAUUGAAUGAACGGCGUCGAAGGAGUAUAAAAUCAAAAAUAAAAAAAUUCGUUUUUCAUUCGGCAAAGGAUAUAGUAAAAGACACAAGUGUUUUACUCCACAAGGAUCAUCUGCAAUGGAAUUGGAAUUUGAUUAGAAUUAUCAUAAAGGGACAAAGUAACAUAAAACUCACAAUGAAUGAUAGUUCCCACAAAAUCUUCCUUAGACGCUUAGUUGAUUUUUAUCUACCUUCAAACAAUAAGUUUUCACACAUGGAUCUAAGUGCUUCUAAAGUGUGUUUAGCCUACACCAUGGUGGGAAUUGAACUUAUUCAGUUUCUAGUAGAAUUAAAUGAACCUGAAUGUGUUAAAUUAUUGAAUGAUCUCUUCAUAGAUAUUUUGAGCCAUAUCAAUGCACUUACUAGUGGAAAAAGUGUUCAUGAUUGUCUUUUCAGUCCACAGCAUAUGGUUAAUACUCAGUGUCAAUAUUAUUUCUUGUUUGUUGGAAGAUUAGCUACAACAGAACUGGGUUUGAAUAUACUCAACCAAAUUAAUAUGUUUCAAUGUUUACAAAAUUUAGUUACAACAACUAAUAAUGACUGUUACGUUAAGUUAAUCAUUUCAUCGAUGGAUUACAGUGAAAACACAUUGAGCCAAAAUCUUUUAGCAGCUGUAUUAAAAUGUAAUAUCGAAAGUUCUCGGUUGUAUGCAACCCAGUUCUUAUUAAUCUUACUAAGAUCGGGUAUCCCAGAAUUUGCAAGCUGGGGAAUACCUUUAUUGAUUGGUCAACUGAAGGAUCAGGCAAAAGUCAUAUCUUUGUGUGCCUUGUCUAUAAUACAUGAAGCUUGCGAAUCUUUAGAAUGUUUAGAAGUAAUUAUCAACACUCCAAUUGAUUUUGACAAUCUUGGAUGGAGAGGAACUUUUUUGUUGGCGAGAAUCUUAUCUCAUUCUAAUGGACUCGCUAAAUUUUGUAAAGAAAAGAGCAUAGUGGAUGAAAUUAAAAAAUGGGAUGAAUGUUUUUCAUACCGAUAUGUUAAACAAGUUGAGGACGAUAUUUCCGAUUCCUUGACUCUUCACCAAAGGGGACCUGAUGGAAAAUAUGAUAAGAGAUUGAGUAAUGCUCGAAUGUUCAAUUAUAAAGAUCGUCAUCUUCCUCCUCACUUAUAUGGACAGCUGUCUAGAUUAAAUGAAGGCUUCAAAGUUCUAAUGGAACAUGGAUCAGUAACGAAGUUUUUAAAAGUUGUAACGAAUGGUCCAUACAGUUCUGAUGAAGAAAUACUUGAAAUGAAAGCAAGCAUUUGGGCUUUGGCCCAUUUGUGUACUUCUUCAGAAGGUAUUGAACUUUUGCUUGGUGAAGUUGUUACUCAAUUGAUACGUUUAGCUGAAAAUGCUAGUGUUUAUUCAGUUAGAGGAACGGCAUAUUAUGCAUUAGGGCUUAUUGGAACAACUCAAGCUGGUGCUGAUGAAAUAUAUAAAAUGGGUUGGAUUAGUACACGUCAUAAUAGACAUGAACUGUGGCCUCUAGUACAAGAAGAAUCACUUAUACCUAGUGAUUCAGAAAAUGGAUCCGAAGAUGGAUUUUUAGAAUAUAGCUUUGGAGGUUCUCCAAUGUCCAAUCGUUUACUUGAAGAUAACUUUGAGAGACAUAUGGUUUGGAGAAAAUCUUCAACUCUUCCUAAUAAUAGGAAUUAUUCAAAUAUAUUUCAUCAACGUUCAAUGUCAGAGAGCAAAACAUUUGAGAUGUCAAAAAACUAUGAAUUGAGGUUACGUGAAAGAGUAGGAUUAACUAAACAGUUCAGUAAUAGAUCAACUGAAUCAAGUAUGAGUUCAGGCGAUUUUUACCCAGGAUCCAAAUUGCCAAUGAUGCAAGGCCAAACUCUAAGUCCCAUACCUAGUUCCUCAAAUGUUGUGGCUUAUAACAAACCAAAGCAAAAAAUAAGAAGAUACUCUGAGUCUGGUAGACGAGAUUCUGCUCAAAGUGGUUAUUUAGGUUCAAAUGAAAAAUCAUCCCAACAAGGUAAUUCACACAAGUUGAGCAAUCAAGAUCUUUUAGGCUACACAACUUUACAUGUUUUGAGGAAUAACAGACAGUCAAGUAGCGAUUUUGACGCCAACAGUCCUCUUUCUAUACCUUUUAAUGACAUGAAUCCCGCAGAAAGAAAUUCAUCUGUUGAGGAGUUCAUUUUCCGUUCAAGUUUAUCAUCUCUAACUAGUACUAGAAAUCAUUUAUGCCAAAGAUUUCAACUUGGAGCUCCUUGCUACAUGGGGAUUUCAGUGCCACAACAUUUAAAUGAUCUAUUUCCAAUUAGAAACGAUUUUAAUCGUUUCUAUGCAGCAGGCACUAAAUCAUCUGAUAUCGACAAUGAAUCCCAGUUAUCGUCAUUUUCUGCAAUAGAGGAAAAAUUGGAGUUCAUAAAACCAAAUAUGGAGUUUUUACAUAAUAAGCUACAAUGCUUAGAAUGUACGUUUGGUGAAGAAAGUAAAUCAUCAAAGGAAGCAGGAUCAUCAGUUUCAGGUUAUUUAAGGCAAGAAAUAUUGCAGUACAUUGAACUUCUCUCCAAUCCUCUGUGGAACAAGCAAUCAAAGCUGGCCUUGCUCCAAUUGAAACAAGAAAACCCGAGACUUUUUGAAGAUCCUUGUUUAUAUUCUGAAGCUUGUAAAAUAAUUUCAGAGAACAAUUAUCGAUUGAAUAUAAGAAGAAUAAUUCAUGAACUAUUUUUUGAAGUUAAUUAUGUCAGUGUGUAUGAAUCAGCUAUAAAGUUAAUAGCUUUAAAAACUGCCCACUUGAAAAAUGAUGACCAAAGAACACAGUCAGUUAGUUCUGAACCUGUAAAACCUAAAUAUGAACAUGAAGUAGAUCAAAGACCAAAGUCAGCUGGCUUAUCCCCCACUCAAGAGAUGAGUAACUCUUUUUCUAGUUCAUCAGUUAAAAGUAUUACUGAUAUAAAUGACUUAAAAUUAUCAUAUAAAGAAAAUAAAUUUCCCAUCAAGCAUAGGGAUAUUUAUGAAAAAUGAAAAAUUAACCUAUUAGAAUACAGCAUAAUUUUUCAGAUAUAUCCAAAAUUAUAACCUUCAAAGAGUAUCUUGAUAUUCCAUGAAGGAUUCCAUUUUCAGCUGUAUCAUUGAGUGAGAAGCAAUAAGUAUUUAAUAUGUACAAAAAUAUUGUUCCUAUUGCAGUAUCCUAAACAUCUUUUAUUUUAUUACUUUUAUUAUGUUUCCUAUUUUAUUUUUUACAGAAAGUUUUUAUUGGUUUGGUUGUUGCACACAGGUAAUACCAUUACUGUAUAAAUUGCUGUUGGGUAAUAUGCCUUUUUUAUCAAAGUAUUUAUUUUAGUGAAAAAUGUGAUAUUUUUAGUUAGUGAUCGCCUACCUACUAGUUUUGAAUAAAAAGUAGCCAAAUAUAACAAUGAUUUUGCACUAAAAUUUUCUCCAAAUAUUAAUUGUUUUAAUUAUUUAGAAUAAAAAUAUAAGUUUUGAAA